AAGAAAAGAAUAAUUCUUCUACUGUAGAAAAUAAAAAGAAAAAAAGAAUUGGCCGAAAAUUAAGGGCAACAUACGGUUAAGUUGGAUAUCCACUAACACAAUAUGCUCAUAAUACGUUGGCCUCGUUGAAUAUUUCAGUUACCCAAAACACACACAAACUUAACCAAAACCAAAAUCAAAAUCGAAAUAUUCUGCUCAGAUCUCUUCCACAUCAAGAAUUUUUCACAAGUAAUUUUACUCAUUAUGUUUUGAUUCAUUCUAUUACAUCUUUAUUCAAAAUUCUUUGUUGCAAUUUAUGCAUCGAGAAAAUGGAUCAAGAAUUUGAGGACUCGUCAGAAGAGAAGCUUAAUAACGAUGAUGAACACCAAGAACAAGGCCGGGGCCUAGGCCUAGAUCAAGACGAAGAACAAGACCAAGUGCAAGACCUAGGUCUAAGCCAAGGGCAAGGGCAAGGGCAAGGGCAACAGCAUGGGCAUGUGCAUGAGCAUGGGCAAGGGCAGGUGCAAAGCCCGACAGAAGGGCAAAGCCCGGCUGAAGGGCAAGGGCAAGGGCGAGGCCUGGGGCAUCUCUUUGGUCGCCAGAAACCGGUGCACAGCGCUCUUGGCGGUGGCACAUCCGCGGAUGUGAUUCUAUGGCGGAACAAGCAGAUGUCUGCAGCGCUGCUAGCCGGCUCGACUGUCAUAUGGCUCCUCUUCGAAUGGAUAGGCUAUCAUCUCAUCCCUUUCAUCUGCCAUUUCCUCAUUCUCGCUUUGGCCUCGCUCUUCCUAUGGUCGAACCUCGCCUUCUAUGUUCACAAGGCGCCUCUCAACUUCCCUGAAAUCGAGUUGCCACAGGAUUUGUGCAUGACCGUUGCUCUCCUACUACGCGACAGAUGCAACCAAGGUAUCAGUAUGUUGUGGGAGGUGGCUUCCGGGAAGGAUUUAAAGAGGUUUCUGACUGCAAUUUUCGCCCUAUGGAUCAUCUCUAUUGUCGGGAGCUGGUUCGACUUCCUGACUAUCGUCUACAUCAUUAAUGUGUUGAUUCUGACGAUGCCCCCGUUGUAUGAGAAGCACGAGGAUCAAGUGGAUUCUUACGCUCUAAAGGCGAAAGCCAAACUCAAGAGACAGUACAGCAAACUGGAUGAAAAGCUUCUUCAAAAGCUACCAAAAGUUCCAUUCAUCUCAGACAAUAAGCAGCACUGAUGAAAAAUCGGAAAUCUAGAAUGCUCGUAUAUUUAGUGCUGAUAAAGAUCCUAAACCUAGUCAUGAUUUAGGGUGAAGGAUCUGCCUUUACAUUUGUUUCGGUUUAUCUUGACUUAGUAAGUCUAUGAUCACAUUUCUGGAUAUCUGUUCAGUUACACAACAGCGCGUUUAUAUACUACUUAUGCUCGUUCAAUUUUUA